GUAUGACUGGUACACAAAACUCACUUCCGUGAUAGUGGAUAUUGUCCCUCGACAGAUCCAGGAUGGAUUUGCUGGAAUAUAUAGCACAGCACUGCCUGAGCAUUGUUGGGCAGCAGACAGUCAAAGAGUUGUGCUGGACACAAUUCAGCGCAGCAGGCAGGGCCAGAUUCUCCACUCCUAACUCUCCUCCUAUGCUUGUAAGUUCUGUGUGGCCUAUGUUGGAAAUCCUUGAGCUUCAGUGUCAUGCUUAAGUGUUUUCCACCCAACAUCGGUUUGAAGUUUGCAUAUCCAAAUAUUAUUGAUUGUUUGUUUGUUUGUUUAUUGGGAUUAUAUGACACCCUUCUCGCAAAGGACUCAGGGCGGCAUACAACAUUUAAAAAAAUAACAUAUUACAAAAGUUAAAAAGGAAAUUAAAUAAAGUAUCCAAAAACAAACCCAAUUAAUAUUAACAAUACAAUUUUAAAAAUUAUUGAUCAAACAAAAUAGGAUUUAAUGCUGGAUAUCUCUUUUUAAUAAUUUAUCUUGCUGCAGAUGGUAGCUUUUCUGCCUCCUGCAGGCAAGGAAGCAGACGUGAACUGGGUAUGUCUAGAAGAAACCAGCCCAAUUCAAGGUAUUAGUUGGGAUGUCCAUAUUCUUCAACCUUCUCCGGAUCAAGACAAUCCCCAGUACCGAGGCCUAGAUUUUGAAGCUAUACUACUAAAGCCCACUCAGGUAGCAGAGCAAACCAAACUUCCAUUAGUGGUGUCACCACAUGGAGGCCCGCAUUCAGUGUUCACCACUACCUGGAUGCUGUAUCCAGCAGUGCUCUGUCGAAUGGGAUUUGCUGUGCUGUUGGUGAAUUACCGAGGAUCUUUAGGCUUUGGCCAGGAUAGUGUGGAUUCACUACCAGGAAAUGUGGGCUGCCAGGAUGUCAAAGAUGUGCAGUCCUGUGUAGAGCAGAUGCUACAGAAAGAACCUCUGGAUUCAAACAGAGUAGCUUUGCUUGGAGGAUCUCAUGGAGGCUUCUUAUCUUGUCAUCUGAUUGGCCAAUAUCCUGGCACUUAUAAAGCCUGUGUGACCAGGAAUCCUGUAGUUAAUAUGGCAUCCAUGUUUGGAAGCACGGAUAUCCCUGAUUGGUGCAUGACUGAGAUCGGGCUACCCUAUGACCAAGCUGCUCUCCCAGUUCCUGAACAAUGGGAAAAGAUGCUGCUUCAUUCACCUAUGCAGUUUGUUGACAAGGUUCAAGCACCAGUUCUCCUGUUGAUUGGAGAAGAAGAUAGACGUGUCCCCCCCAAGCAAGGCUUGGAGUAUUACCAUGCACUUAGGUCCAGGGGUAUUCCAACCCGGAUGUUGCAGUAUCCGAAUGAUAAUCAUGCACUAUCCAGUGUGGAGGCUGAGGCAGACGGUUUCAUGAAUAUUGCACUCUGGCUCCUCCAACACUUGAAAUAACCAUUACAGAAGCUUACGCUUUUGGGUUGAGGUCAGCUAACAGAAAGUCAAGUCUCCUCAGUUUGAAAGACCUUCUAGUAGCUGAUUGGUACUUUUAUCCCUACACUCCAAAAUGUGAACAGGCACAUAACCAUGUGGACAUCAUCCUCUGGGCCUCUCAAUUGUGCUAGAGAGAGAGGCUACGCUGGCCAAAUAUAUCAUUUUGCCAAAUUUAGCAUUUUAUCAACAAUAUCACCAUGAUAACUAUGCAGAAUGGUCAAGUACUAGAGCACUGAUAAAUAUUCCCAUUAGAUGGUAUUAGACUUUCUGUAAUUUCAUUUAAAUGAUUGGCGCUAAACUGAAAAGAAUGAAUUUCAGAAAUCAAGCUGCAGAAUAUAUUCUUGGAGUAAUCUUAUUAAUUUCUAUAAAUUAAUUGUCUAGUUUAAACUUAGACUGGGAAUGACUGGAAUGCAGUAUUUUGAAGAAGUGAUGUAAAAUCAUUAACUUGAAAUUUAAAGAAUGAAAUUAUGCUUUACAAAAUUAAGUUUCUUGAUGGCUUGGAUUGGAGAAACCUGGUGAUGUGUAUAUGAAAAGAAUCUGGGUAUUGUUGACCACAAGUUAAACAAAGCCAGCAGUGUGAUGCAGCUACUAAAAAGGCAAAUGUUAUUUCAGAGUGUGUUAACAGGAACACAGUCCAGAUCAUAGAAAGUAAUUGUUCCACUCCACUCUGCCCUUGUCAAAACCCUUUGGGAGAACUGGGUCCAGUUUGAAGCACCAUAUUUGGAACAGCACAAUAAUGUAGAAGCAAGUUCAGAGGAGGACUACCAAGAUGGUGAAUGAAUUGGAAAACAUGUUUAGCCUACAGAAAUACAGCUACAGGAAGAUAUGAUAGCAAUCAUCAGAUAUCUGAAGAGUUGUUUCAUAGAUGAGGGAAUUGAUUUAUACUGUUUCCCCAGAGGGCAGUGCAGAACCAAAAGUUAAAAUUACAGUGAAGCAGGUUCAGGCUAGACACCAGGAAGAAUUUCCUUACUUUUCAGCCAGUGGUAAGUUCUUCACUAAUGUAUUCAAGCAGUAGUUGGAAGCUCAUCUAUCACACAUGCUAUCGUGAAUCCAAGACUUCGUGGAUUGGACUAGAUGACUUCUUUGGUUCCUUCCAAAUUUGAUUCUCUGAAUCUGUUUGACAGUGAACUUUAAUAGCUGUAGUAAUAAGUCACAACAUGUUAAGAGUUGUCUAGGAAAUAAAAAUAAUUCACUACCAGA